UUAAGUUUGCGAACAGGAGAGCUUGCAAAACUUUUUUUGAUUAGUGGUCUCCAUGGUGGCAACGACAACAACACUGAAACACAUCUUCUGGCAUUAAAAAUGGCGACACACAUGAACUAACUUUUACCAAAUACUUGAAUAUGGAGUCAAAGAAUACUGCAGUUAUGACAAACAUUCAAGACAAAUUACAGUCGAUGGAUCUAAAAAAGCCAACUUUGUCAACUUUAGCGCAAAAAGGCGACGAUGAGCUUGUAGAGCAAUUUCUGACUGAGAACAUAAAUCUUGGAAGCAAAGCAAAUGAGACAACACAGAGUCAACUCUAUAUUGCCUCAUUCUGGGGACUUCAUGAUGUAAUCAAGGAGCUGUUACAAAGUGGAGCAGAUCCAAAUUUUCGAAAUGAACAAACCAAAUGGACCCCUCUACAUGCAGCAUCCUUCCAGGAACAUGGGAAGGUGAUCAUGCUUUUAUUGGAUGCUGGUGCUGACCCAGAUGCAGAAGAUCUUUAUGACAGGACACCUAAAGAUUUCGCUUCUGCCUCAGACAAAGUUUGGUCAUUUUUUGCAGCGAAAGGCUGCCAAAGAACGUCCCGACAAGAUUUGAUUUCAAAACGAAUCCUUCAAAAUAGUUAUGAUGGCUUUAAAGCGCCACCAGAUUUCACCCAGGGAAGAAAAAGUACAGCAUCCGCCCUUCUUCGCUUUGAUGACGAACAAAUUCCAACCGAUUCCGAAGGUGUUAAUGCCUAUAAUGCUGCUGUAAACGGGGACGUCUUGGCUGGAUCGAAUGAGAACAAUCUUGGCAAAGUCGUAAAACCAAAGCAAGACAAACCGAGCGAGCAACCUUCGUUCUCCGCUUGGCGCUCGUAACAAUGCUAGACAACAAAUCGUUUUAUUUAAGCUCUAGCUACAAACUCUCUGGCUAUUAUUUAUUAAGUGCUUGUAAAUAGAGUUAUAGUAUACCUUGCUUUUUUCUGUUUUACAUGGUUAUUCAAGAAAGAGUCCUUCUUUA